AUGGACUGCAAUCACCUGACUAUUGUGGAGGCAAUCCCUGAGAAUAAAGGACUGCUUCCCACAAGCGCCCACACCUCAACAGCAUCUGUUUCUCCUUGUACUUUCACGACCUCCUCGAUGACGACUGCUGAACUUGUUGCUGAAGAAGCGCUUCAAGAGCGGCUACGCCUCUGGCGCACCGAGAAGGGCCCAGAUGUAACGACACAAUACCAGGACAUGCAACUCCAGAAUGACGCCCGGCUGGGCCGGUUUGUGCGCGGAAUUUUACUCCGCAAGCCAACUGACGGCGAGCAACCGCGCGACUUUCGCGCAAAGCAGCUUCAUGAAAUCAAGAAAGCCUGCCAGGAUGCAGAGCGAGAGGACGACAAGCUGAAGAAUGUCUUACAUGAAGGUGUCGAGGUUGGGGCAGCGAGAAUCAAGGAUUUGUAUGUUAGCGUGGCCCUGGAACACCCGGAUGAGCUUGACCCAAUCAAUCAUGUUAACGAACAAUUGCGCAAACCGAUUGGCCCCGUCGCCUACUGCAGCCCCGUCUUGCGAACACUUUUGUUCGCAGAGAACUUCGACAAGGUCCCUGCGUCCAAGAUAAGCCAGGCAAUAGAGCUCGAUCUUCCCGACCGUGUCGAUUCAUUGCUCGAGUUCCACCAUAUUGCGUUUCAUGCCGACGUUGCGGUGAUGGCGCAGCUCUACGAUCCGAUACUUGCAACAGACAAGCUCAAGCGGAGGGAGCUGUUGAAGCUGCACCAGGCAAAGAUGGAGAAGCUUUCCGUCGAAUUCUCGGAUAACAUAACCGCAAGACUGACGCAGCAUUGGGAGCAGUGUCAAGCUGAUAUCGACGACGCUGCCUUUUCGGAUACCAUCUCCAGCAUUGGAGAUUACGCGUCGAGAGAACGGAGCGAGGCCACUAGCUCAGCCGCACAUAGCUCUUCCUCUGACUGGUCGAGGAAUUUGAAGCGCCCGUUCGAGCAUGCUUCCUCUACUCUUCCUCCAUCGGCCGAUUCCACCCCGAAGGGAAUUUUAAGGCCCGCAAACCCCAGUGGCGGCAAUACUGGAACCGCACAAGAACGCCCCAACAAACGAGCGACGAUACUUGAUCAUAAAGGCGCCAGUGUUGCAGGGCGUGAGGUCGAUUCAAGUGAUGGCCUUUUCUUCUUGGAACAUCGCAUCGCCCCCGAAAAUCUUUCUGCGACAGUCCAGGCAGCAUACGACUUGCAGGUAGACAGAGAUCCCAAUUUUGGAAUUCGUGUCACGGGGUCAGAGGCUGAGGGGACCAUACAGGUUCCUUCGACGCCAACAUCGACCAGACAGCAAAGAAUAUACGAAUUCUGGACUCCCCCCGCCAUCGAUCGGGAUGCACAGCGAGUCCCUCGUAGUUUUGCGUCAGGAACAGGGUCGACGCCGGUUGGCGCCAACGUGCAGGCGGGCAGAGUUAAAGCCAAAGCCAAAGCGUUGUAA